AUGAGUAAUUCAUACAGCAACGAAACGCCGCAGGCCGAAAAAGACACAGCGAGUUCGCUUUCUGUACAAGCCACAAGGUACAAUCCACCUUGGAAAUCACCUUACAUUAUUGGCAUUGCAGGCUUCUCCGGAUCAGGGAAGACCACUGUGGCGCAUAAGAUCAUCAAGGAAAUCAACGAGCCAUGGACAGUUUUGUUGUCGUUGGACAAUUUUUACAAACCAUUGACCAGAGAGCAAAGUAAGAAAGCAUUUAACAAUGAGUACGAUCUUGACAAGCCGAACGCUCUCGACUUGGACUUGGUCUACAAAUGCAUCAAGGCACUGAAGGAUGGCAAGAAGGCGGAGAUUCCAGUUUAUUCGUUUGCAAAGCACGCCCGCACGGGCGAAACUUUCACAAUCUACGGUGCCAAUGUCAUCAUAAUUGAAGGUCUCUACACACUAUACAGCGAGGAUAUGCUCAAGCUCAUGGACUGCAAGGUUUACGUGGACACAGAUCUUGAUAUAUGCUACAGCCGUAGGUUGUUGAGGGAUACGGAGGAGCGUGGGCGAGAUUUAGAGGGGAUUAUCAAGCAGUGGGACUUGUUUGUCAAGCCAAACUCCAUCAGGUAUGUGAAGCCGACGAUGCAGAGUGCCGAUAUUAUCAUCCGGAGGGGCAGCGACAACAAGGUGGCGAUGGACUUGCUUCUGGAGCACAUCAAGAAGCAGCUUGAGUCGAAGAGCGUGACUCAUUUGCUCCAGUUGAAGCAAUUGGGAAGGCAGAUCAAGGCCCUAAACCUGUCGAAAGUGCACGUUAUCCCGGUAACAAACCAGCUUCGCGUCAUAAAGACGAUCCUGCUCGACAAGAAAACGAGCAACGACGAUUUCAUCUUCAACUUCAACAGGGUUGCAUCCAUUCUAAUCGCACACGCCCUAGACUUCGUCGAAUACGUGACUUCGCUCCCGGGGGGAGGAGACAUCCUUACACCAGUUGGCGCCCCGGUCCGAGACACGAUGUACGUGAAGGGGGAAAUUGUCGCUGUGGACAUUAUUAGGGGUGGCGACUGCUUUAUUUCAUCGCUCACGAGGACACUUCCAGCGGUGAGGAUUGGAAAGCUCUUGAUACAGUCUGAUUCGAGGACUGGUGAGCCACAUCUCCACACCGAAAAGCUUCCCGCACUAGAUUCUACAUGCAACGUGCUUCUUUUCGAUGCCCAGAUCAUAGCCGGGGCAGCAGUCACGAUGGCGAUCAAUGUGCUUCUGGAUUAUGGAGUUGCAGAGGACAGAAUUAUCGUGUGUGCGUACUUGGCGACCGAGGCAGGUGUUACCAGAAUCAGCAAUGCAUUUCCGAACGUGCAGGUAGUGGUUGGAAGCCUAGGGUCACGAUAUGGGGGCGGAAACGGGCCAGAGACAGGGGACAAGGACUCUGAUUGGUGGAUGGCGUACCGGUUCAUUGAUGCACGGUACUUUGGCACUGACUAG